AUGUUAUCGAAAGUAGAAACGUUAAUUCUCAUUUUAUCAUUCCAAACGUGCUUUACCAAAUUACCUUCUACCAUUACAACCUGUCAUCGCAAUCAUCCUGACUUAGAAAAUUGUAUUAUUAAAGCAGUCGAAGCAGUUCGACCAUUGUUGGCUCAUGGAAAUUUCGGUGAUGGUUACCGAUCGCCACCGUUGGAACCAUUAAAUCUGGACAAUAUUGAAUUGGGCGGUGGCCAGCAGUUUCAUGCAAUCUUUAGCGACAUGCAAGUGCGUGGCGGCAGUAAUUUUAUAAUCAAUAAACUAAAGGCGAACACUUCAUCUAUGGCUUUCGAUUUAUUGUUGACUUUACCACGCAUUGAUUUUGCUGGCAAUUAUUUCAUGAAAUUGAACAUAUUACUGUUAGAUGUAGAGGGUCAGGGUAAAGUUCGAGGUCAUUGUGAAAACGCUACCGCUUUAGUUAAAAUGCGCGGUGUUCGCUAUUUUAAAGAUGAUGUAGAGCUGGUCAAAUUCAUCAAAAUGCCGAUGCGUAUAAAUAUAAGUGUAUUUAAGAUGCAUUUAGAUAACUUAUUUAAUGGUGAUCCCGUUUUAAGCGAAGCCGGCAAUAUGAUCAUUAACGACAAUCAGGAUUUAUAUCUUAAAGAAAUUAUACCCGGUUUGCAAAAAGCUUUAUCUCAAAAAUUCUUAGACAUAGCUAACAUGAUGUUGGCCUAUACUACCUACGAUGAAAUGUUUCCACUGUAAACUGAGGUCUUCAAAAAAACUUGCGGACAAAGUGUUUGGAAUUGUACAACAACAGCACAUAAGAGUCUUCAUGUUGAUUCUUCUUAACACAAAUACCGCAAUUAAAUUAA